GUGCAGCUGGAUGAUGUGACGCUCUGUGAUCAGGACGGCUAACUGCUAGCUUAGCUUGGGAACUAGCUCAGUUGCCUAACCGGUGAUAUAUCUGUGGUCGCCACCAUUCAUCCGUUUAUAUAGUCAGGCAAGUCGGUGGAGGUCCUGUUGUAGACCACACGGGACAGUUCGACCAUUAGAAAAGUGAUAAAUCACAAAGAGAGCAAAGACGAGGCUGUUAAGCGCAAAAUAAACAUUAACCUGUGUAAGCUAGGUUGCAUCUUUUUCUCUAGCUGGCUGACGUUUACCUCCAGCCUGGCUGUGUGAGAUGGAGGGCGGAAAGGACGUGCGAGUGGAAUCUGCCCCAUACUCCUGCUCCACCUGUGAUGGAGGGGAGGUGCCUGCCCGCAACCUGACUCGAAGAAACAGAAAAGUCCGCAGCUUGAGCACUUCCUCAGCCAGCACCUCCUUUGAAUACAGGAGGACUCAAUCACUUCAUGGACCGAGCCCUGUGACGACAUUCGGCCCCAAGGCAUGCAUGCUCCAGAACCCACAUGCAGUAAUGCACAUUCAGGAUCCCGCCAGCCAGAGGCUGACGUGGAACAAACCACCAAAAAGUGUCCUUGUCAUCAAGAAGAUCCGAGAUGCCAGUCUGCUACAGCCUUUCAAAGAGCUCUGCAGGUUCCUCACCGAGGUGAAAAGCAUGAUUGUUUACGUGGAAAAGAAAGUCCUGGAGGACCCAGCCAUUUCAGGCGAUGAAAACUUUGCGGCCGUUACAAAGAAAUUCUGCACUUUCAGAGAAGAUCUCGACGACAUCUCCAACCGUGUAGACUUUAUAAUCUGUCUCGGUGGAGAUGGAACUUUGCUGUACGCAUCUUCGCUCUUCCAGGAGAGCGUUCCACCAGUCAUGUCCUUCCACCUGGGUUCCCUGGGCUUUCUGACCCCAUUCAAAUUUGAAAACUACCAGUCUCAGGUCAACCAAAUUAUUGAAGGUAACGCUGCCAUUGUCUUAAGAAGUCGCUUGAAAGUGCGGGUGCUCAAAGAGAACUGGGAAAAGAAGUCCAGGGUGGACGAAAAGGGGAUCAUUUUGACCAACGGGGACAUUGAAAGUAGCCGCAAAGCCAUGCAGUAUCAGGUACUGAAUGAGGUGGUGGUGGACCGAGGACCCUCCUCCUAUCUCUCUAACGUAGACCUGUUCUUGGAUGGACACCUCAUUACUACGGUGCAGGGAGAUGGUGUGAUAGUCUCCACACCCACAGGCAGCACAGCGUACGCAGUGGCAGCAGGAGCUUCCAUGAUCCAUCCCAACGUCCCAGCCAUCAUGAUCACCCCCAUCUGCCCGCACUCUCUCUCCUUCAGACCAAUCGUGGUGCCGGCCGGGGUGGAGCUCAAGAUAAUGCUCUCAUGUGACGCCAGAAACACAGCAUGGGUGUCGUUUGAUGGACGAAAGAGACAAGAGAUCUGCCACGGGGACAGUAUUACCAUCACCACUUCCUGCUUCCCCGUUCCAUCGAUCUGCUUCCGGGACCCGGUUAAUGACUGGUUCGAGAGCCUGGCCCAGUGCUUACACUGGAACGUGAGGAAGAAGCAGAACUACCUCAGCUCAGAGGAUGAGGAAUUCUGAGGCCUUCUUCGGGGUCUCCUUAAAGUCUUGGUUUUAGCUUGACCGUUCUCUGUGCCAUUUUUUUUUUUCUUUUUUUUCCAUCUUUUACGGAUAGAAGGUCUCACCAAACUCUCUUCAAAAAAAUAAAAAAAUCUGUUAUAAUAGUUUUCAGUAAAACGAGGUUGCUACAGCCCCUCAUUUCAUCCACCUUCAUGGCAACAGUUUUAGUUCCCCCACCCCCUCAUGAAGACAGCUUUCUUUUGAUUGGCUGCGCUUUGUAAACAGAAGGUUAGGGAUUGUCUGUUCUCACUGACAUCAUAAAUACCCAAAACUAGAAGGAAAAAAAUGACUGAGCAGUUUGAAGCUCUACCAGUGUACCACUGUGCAUAUAUGAUAGAAAAUAAGGACAAGCAUUCAAGGUCCUUUUAAUUAAAAAAAACAAACAAACAACUAAUACUAAGUCCUACUUUCUAAAAUACUGUUUCAUCAUUCUUGUUUUUUGGUAAACAUUUCGUUCACGACAGUAAAAAGCUAAGCUCCUGUAACGACUGCAAUUGGCUGAAAUGUGGACGCUGCGACAUGCCCUUAAAAUUCAAAAUAUGACUUUAAUAAAUAAAAACAAAUGAGCAUUUUUAAAAGCAUUAGUUAAAGAAAAUUAAACCAAAUAAA